AGACAGUAGUGAACUGGGUUUGUCCACCGUGUACAGUAUACACUCUUUUUUUCCCCCCUCCGCCCUCACUGUCAGUCCUUUUCUUCCCUCGUCCCUCCUCACCACCCCCCCGUCUCAUGUUGGCCUCAUCGCCGUCUCUCGCUCCUCCUUACCGCCUCGUGCCCUCAUCCAUUCCCUCUCGCCCCUUCGUCCUCCUCUCUCACCCCAUCCCUUCAAUCCUUGUGGCCCACUUCGCCCCGGCUGGCCGCGACGCACUUCUCUGUACACUACCCAUUCGUCCCGCCGUCUAUUCCCGAGCGUUUUAUACCUUAAUAGACGGUCCGCCCUGAUAUCCCGCUUUACACAAACUCCACAAACUCCACAACCACUCCACCACCAACCUCCACUAACUCACAUACGCAUACAUAUAUAUACAGAUCUCCCGCCACCAGAGAAUAUCUAUAUAUGUUGGUGUGUAUGCCCUGUCACCCGGACUAGCUUCGUCGAACUCUGCAACUCGUGGCUUUCACCAGUGGUCCUGGUUAUCAUUGUACGCCCACCGUAUCUGAUAUCUCUCCCUUAUCUUUCGGCACGUCCGCCCUCAAAGAUACGGACGGACUUUUCCAUUUUGAGCAGCACACCAUACAUACGUCCCGUUCCCCAGCCUGCUGCUAGAGACAUACCAAAGGACUACUACUCUCGCCGCCAGAAGAAUACCAAACUCUAUUAUCACCUCCACCGCCGGCGCUGUUUAUCUACCAUAUGGACCAUCAACUCGGGCUCUGGAGCCAUAGAAUCGGUUUGUCGAAGCAACUCUUCCACGAAUCAUAAUGUCCCACCCGGCCAGUCCCCUCCACCGGCCCCAGUCCACCACCAGCCGCGACGAUGAAUCUCCCCUCCCCCAAGGGCAGUGCCGCUACCUCCUCCUCCACCCCGAGGUCCGCGGCCAGCGUUGCGCCUGCGUCGGCUUCUCGCUGAACAAAUGCACCCCCGGCAGCUCAUGCAACUGCGGCCACCUCGCCGUCUACCACCUCACCGCCCCAACCGAGGAGACCCUAGCAGACAAGGAGGAGGUCGAGACGAUGAGGGCGCGGAUCGUGCUGUUAGAGAAACUCCUCGAGAGGGAGAGGGAAGCUAAAAACCACCUGACCGUCCGCGUGAGCGCCCUGGAAGAACACAACGAAAAUGGCCGCUUCAACGCCGACUUAGAGAUUAGGAAUGUGUAUCGCGGGAUCGAGGGGUUAUGGAGGCACUUCGGCGCUCUGGAUCGACGAACCCGCUACCACGACGACUGCAUAGACGCACUCAUGGACACCACCCACGCAACCCAGGACGACAUCCGCACCGUCCAAAGCCGCAUCAUCGAUCUGGACGACGCAUCCAUGAUCCUCGAGGACCGCGUAGACGGUCUCUCCUCCCACCCCCGCCGCAUCGAGAAUACCAUCUCGCGGCGCCCCUCCAUGACUCCUCCUCGGCAACCACACUCCCGCCGCUCGCGCUCCUCUCAACGCUCUUCUCACUCCGGGCGCUCUAAUCGUGCGAAGGCCUGGUCGGUGCAUAUCUCCCUCAUGCCUACGGCUUCUCAACCCUUCCCGUUCGAGAAAGACACUAUGGCGUAUAAACGUGUCCAAUCACGUGGUCUCCACCGCGUCGUCGCCAUCCCCGGCCAGGACAGCUCAUCAUUCGUCACAGCUACCUCCAACGAAUUCGCGAGCCUCCUCAAGGGACGUCCAUGGAUGCCCUUAGUGGCCAAGAUCUGCGACGCCGAGCACGUCACGGGACUCCCCAUGCUCCGCCAGCUCCCCCCAAACCUGAUCGAUAGCAGUCUCUACGACAUGGACUUCCUGACCGCGCACUGCGCGACGCUAGAUCACAACGGACAUAUCCUCGAUCUCUACAUCGGGAUGUGCGACGACUACUUCUCCUGGUCCGAACUCGCUUCCUCCCCUGUCUUCAUGCCCGGACUCGAAGCGUGCUGGGCAUUCGACCCUUUCCUCGACGGGGCCUCAGCGCGCGACAACGAAGAGGCGAUCGAUAGCGUCAUUGAUGACCUCAAAGCCGAGGAUCGGUCUUCAGCGGGAGACUUACUCAGGGCGUGGUCGCCGCCCGCGACGAGGUUGAAGAGGACUGCUACGGGGAUCACGAGGACGUCGAGUUUUGGAUCGACGGAUAGCGCGGUUAGUGUUAGUAAGAAGAGUAAGAUUGGGCAUCCGCCGUCGUGUGUGUUGCCCGGGGUGGAGAGUAGGGAUUGGAGAGGUGCUGAGGCGGUGAGGGGUGCGUGAUGGUGACGGAGGGUUUAGAUGGUUUGAGGGAUGGGGUAUGGGGGUUGGAAUAGAUGAUGGCGUGUUAGAUGGCGUUGUUGGGGGGGUGUCUUUGAUGAGAUGCCUUGUUUUUGAGAGCGGUUUAGAUGGCGAUAGGGAUGGGGUAGAUGGGGGCGUUUUGGGUUUGGGGGAUAUUGAUGGUUAGCCAGCGGAAUAAAUUCUACAC